GAGGCCCAGACGAUCGGAGGAAUCGCCCCAAACAGACACCAAACUGCCCGACAUGCGAAAGCGCCACCGUGGGGAAUGCCUUGUAGGCCAGAAUAUCUGUUUCUUUUGCCGCCAGCCAGGCCAUAUCAGCCCCAACUGCCUCGAACGACUGCAACAACAACGACAACCACCUCCGCAACCACAACAACAGCAGCAACCUCGACAACAACCACCACGACCCCAGCAACAGCAACGCGGCAGACAACAGGCCCGCCAACCUCGACAACAACCACCACAACCCCAGCAACAGCAACGCGGCAGACAGCAGGCCCGCAUCUUUGAAGUUGAUCAGAGAGAGGCCAACCAGCACCCAGGUACCAUGUCUGGGAUGAUUAUUCUUAAUGAUGUGCCUGUUUAUGCCUUAUUUGACACUGGAGCAACCCACUCUUUUAUAUCACGCCGAUGUCUCGAAGUUAUAAUAGUUCAUUCUCUUACCACUGUCGAUCCUCUCGAGGUGAGUUUAGCCUCGGGACGAAAGAUAGUGACAGAUACCAGAGCCACCGAUCUCAGCCUUUCCAUCGGCGGCCGUAUUUUGACUUCUGAUGCUUAUGUUAUCGGGAUGAGGGACUUUGACCUCAUACUCGGAAUGGAUUGGCUAACACGUUUUCACGCAGAUAUCCGAUGUCAUGACCGGGAGAUUACUCUUUAUCUUCCGGGAAAUGAUCAGAUCACUUAUUUCGGCUCCAGGACUCGUACUCUGCCCCAUAUUAUUUCUAUGGCGAAAGCCAGGAAUAUUCUUCGACGAGGUGAUUGCCGGGGUUACCUUGUGAGCCUCGUUGGGGAUGAGCCAAAAGCACGGUCACCUCACU